AUGCCAGCCGCGUCUUCAUCUCGUCAGCAAUCCCUAUUGUCAUCCACUUCUUCCAACAACCGCUCAGUCCCAGCUCAGGGUCAACCGCAACUGCCUCUAUGGAAGUCAGCAACCGAUGAAGAUGGUCCUGCCGACGAAGAAAUGUUCGCUAUGGACGCUGGGCCAAGCGACUACUGGAAGCGGUCUCCCUCACCCUCUUCCGCACAAGAGUUGGCCCCUAUAAACUGGCGUAUGCCUUCUGAUAAACCGUUCGACGUUGAAACGGUGGAGGACGGCCCGAGUGAUCAUUUUGGUAUACCAUCCUCUCGGCAGCAGACCUCUGGAUGCAAUACUCCAUCCGAAAUAGCGAGAUAUGAGCAAGGUUUACAGAAUGUAUUAAACGACUAUACGUCCCCACCCAGAACACCCAGCCCUCAGUCCCGUUUUCCUAAUCAUGGCUAUAGCAGGACAUUCCAAAAUAUCGUAGGAGAAAAGGCUGGAGAAGUUGAUGGCAGCUCCUUGGGAGACGAGGAAUUUGGAAGGUUGAAUGACUCUGUUGGCUUGGAUAAGGAUUCUGACCGUACACCAUCCAUCAUAUCGAACAACCUGAAAAAGAAGUCGUUCUUACCCUCACCGAGCCCUAACAAGCGGGCUUCUUUUAUACAUCCUUCUAUAUCUCGUCUACGUUCGCAUAUGCGUACAACAUCGAAUUCUACCCAACACACCACGCAACCACCUCAGCUAUCUCACCUGCGUACAGCCAGUCAUUUCUCGCAGAUAUCAGAGACAAAGUCUGAAACCUUCUCGGUCGAUAGCAACCCCUCACAGCAACAGCCAGAAAUAUCAUCCAAGGAUCCGGCUUUUGCAUUCCAUCCGCUGCGGCGACUAUCUGUCAAUCUGUUCUCGCGGGAAGAGACACCCGCAGUGGUGGAUGUUAGAGGGAUGAUCGCCGGCGGAACGGAUAGAGGGACUGUGCUGGUGUACGGCUUCGAUCAGAAUUUGAAAUACAUCUUACCCAACGAAGGAAGCGUCGCUCUGACCCUCCCCCAAGUUCUAUCUGGUCGCCGAGAGGGGCAUCUGCAGAACAGUCGCAUCUUACACAUCGGAUUCGUUGGAGCUCGGCAUACCUCCAUCGUCAGUGGGGAUGAGCAUGGUCGGGCGUUCUGGUGGAGUCUUGGGAAAGUCAUCGGUGUUGAGAGCAACGAUGUUGUUCGGAUGCUUGGCAGCUACCCGGAUCCCGAGAAGCCACUAAAGAGACCAACGACGCUAUUUGCCGCUUUACCAUUACCACUUUCUGAUCAGCUGCGUCCCGUCGACUCUUUAAACCUGUCGGCUCUAUUGACUCCUGCUAAAUUGGUCAUUGUCGGAUUGAAACCGACCCCAAAAACUUGGUAUCGUAAGAUGAGGGAUAAUCUCGGUGGGGAAUAUGGAGGAUCAAUCGGUUGCGCUGUCUGGUCACCAUUAGCAAAAGAACCCAUUCUGGCAUACGCUUGGGGACGUUCUAUUCGGUUGCUAUACAUUCAUGGUAAAGAUCCAGAGUUUGAGGAGGGAAAGACCUUUGAGACUAGUGAACCAGUCCGGGCUAUGCAGUGGUAUGACGAUAACCAUAUUCUGGUUAUAUCCUCCAAUCAACUUCUCCUCUUGAGUACGAACACUAUGGCGCCCGUAGAGACGACGCUACUGCAAACCCGACUCCUCACUUCUCAAGAUUCAUUCUCCCAUAUGGCGAAAUCGCCCUCCUUCAAACCUCUUGAGUCCCUUGCUGGCAGUACCAAAACCACUCUUCAAGUCGGUACGCUUCAGCACUGGAACGAUAGGAUCCUCUCCCAUGUUCAGCAAGGCGAUUUCAUCGGUGCCAUUCAGACGGCCUUGGCGUACUACGAAAAUCGGGCCACAGGCAAUACGAUCAAUCUCCCAGAAGAUAUCGAUACCCGCAGAGAGGUCAUUGCAAAGCGUUUGCAUGAGCUCCUGCUUGCGUCUCUGCGAUGGGCAUUCUCACCUGAUCGUCUCACCGAGAAUACCCAUCUCGGACAGGGUAUCGACUUAACCAGUCUCUUCGAAGGCCUUGCUGCCGCUUCAAUAGAAGCGUGCCUUUCUAUGCAAGAUCUCAGCUUCCUUUUCGACGAAGGCUACGAACACUUUGCGCAAGCCGGCAUCCAAGGGAUAUUUCUCGAUCUACUGGAGCCCCAUAUCCUUUCCGGAGGCAUUCGGCAGAUCCCACCCAGCGUCUUUCAAGCGCUCAUCAAGUCCCACGAGGACAAAAAUCAGCUCGAUAAAGCAGAAGCAAUCAUCUGGAAUGUUGAUCCAACCUCGCUCGACAUCAAUCAUGCAAUCACAAUGUGCGAGGCUCAUGGUCUCUGGGAUGCGAUGAUCUAUGUCUACACCCGAGCGCUGCAAGAUUACGUAGCUCCUCUGGUCAAAUUGAUCAAUGUGGUCCGAGACAUUCAGCAAGAUCGUUUAAAUCGGCCCUCUCUCGUUGGGGAUAACGCCGAACAUCUCGAACAAUGGGCACCUAACGCAUAUAAGCUCUACGCCUAUGUAGAGUCAGUGCUGUCGGGUCUAUCGUAUCCAAGUGGAGAACCGCUUCCCGAUGACCAGGCUCAUACGGCUCGUACGGACGUUUAUUCCUUCAUUUUUGCCGGUCGAACAAUCUCUUGGCCGACCUCAACCGAUCUCAUUCUCACAGGUGAUGGCCCUGAACCACCAUAUCCUUAUCUCAAUCUGCUACUGCGCUUCGACACCGAAGCGUUUCUGCACUCCAUGGAUAUCGCAUUCGAGGAUUCGUAUCUGAAUGACACCUCUGGCGCCAUGAACCGUCAAUCCAUCGUCAACCUCAUGCUCGAUGUCAUGGAUCCAGAAUAUUUCCACCCAGGAGAUAUCACGUUUCUCCACAUCUUCGUCGCCCGUAAUCUACCAAAGUACCCCCAGUUCCUUUUCAUUCCUCCAUCGACGCUCCAUCGUAUCUUGGUCAGUCUCGCAAGCGAUCCCGAUCAGAGCACCCGCGAAGAUAGACAACUUGCUGCCGAAUAUCUGCUCUCCGCCUACACGCCUCACGAUUCCGAUGCGAUGUUAGAGCUUUUUGAUCAAGCAGGCUUUUAUAGAAUUUUGCGGACAUCCUACCGACAGCAGCACAAAUGGGGCAAGCUCAUCUCGACUCUGCUCAGGGAUCCGGAAUCUGAUGAUCAAGUCUUCGCCGAUCUCGACGAUAUCAUAACCUCGGCUUCGGCGUCUGAAGAAGUCUUCGAAGCCGUCUCUGAAGCUCUACCCCAAUUAUUGACGAUUGGUGUUCGUCAGACCGCCACAUUACUCGAUCGAGACCUGCCUUCUUGCCAUUCCAGCGCGAUUGAGGCGUUGUCGUCCGCUCCACACAAGCAGAUGGCGUAUUUGCGCUGUCUUCUUGAACCCGAGACUGAGACUCGUUCGGAUCAUGUCGAUCAACCUCUUCGACAUUUAUACAUUUCGCUUCUUUGUCAAAAUGAUCCCGAUCACCUGAUUCCUUUCCUCGAUUCUCAAGAACCUAAUUACUUUGAUCUCUCCCAGCUUGCUACCGAAUGCGAGUCUCGACAGAUCUUCGAAGGACAAUUAUGGGCACUCAAUCGCUUGGGCAAGACUGAAGAAACGUUCGACAUGGUCGGAAAUAUCCUUCGCAAUCUAGGUCUAGACCUUGGAGAAGCAAUACUAUCUGAUGAUUUAGGGACGAUUCACAUGGCGAUCUCCAACAUUCAAUCUGUCUCACGAAUGGCCACACGGCUGUGCCGGGAGCAUUCCUUUUCUCGAAUAAUUACCGGAGAAGUCGAAGACAUGUGGUUGGGAGUGCUGCAUGCGAUCAUUGAGCUGGUACAUUCAGUCUCAGCUUUACGACCCAUGCAAGAUACCACCUCCGCCAAUGCCGCAGUCGCGGCUCUUCGAAGCACUGUGCAAGAGACCCUUGCUUCGCUCGUAAACUCGUCAUCGCCCUCGCUGUCUUUUCCGCGACUCUUCAAGAAGCUAGUCGAUGCAUCCACUACCGGGACCAACACAGGCGGUCAGAAGGGGCGCACCUAUGCCGAAUUCCGUACGAUCCUCACUGGUAUGCUCGACUCCUACCGUGCAGAAGGUGAGAUGCUCAGUAUGACCACUCGGCUUGUUGAAACGGAUCUAUUCGAGAUUUUGGCGAUUUUGAAAGCGAGAAGAGAAAGUGGGUGGACUUUAGUCUCCUCCGAUUGUGGGGCUUGCGGAGAAACGCUUGAUGGAGAAGAGACGGUCGUCAGGGCCAAUGGAGCUGGGUUACAUCGGACGUGCGUUGAUAGCUAG